AUGGAUAUCUUGAGGAAAGUUGAACCUACCAAGCGACGAUACGGUGUGCUCCAAGUAUCAGAACUACGGGAAGCUGAAUAUGUGGUCAUUCGUCGUAUGCAACAAAACGUGUUCAAUGGGGAGUGGAAGGUACUUUCGGCAGGUGGUACGGUAGCCAGAAGCUCGCCAUUACGCUGGUUUCAUCCUAGGCUGUCACAGGACAGACUUAUUCGUGUUGGAGGUCGAUUAGAACAUUCAUCAGAACGUGAAGGUACCAAGCAUCCGAUUGUCCUACCAGCAAAGCAUCCGUUCACCAAAAGGCUUUUGGAACACUAUUAUCAUAAAUUACUUCAUGCAGGACCACAGCUGCUACUGGGUGCAAUUAGAUUACAAUAUUGGCCACUAGGCGGCCGCAGUGUGGCAAGAGAAGUAGUGCACCAAUGUAUCCGAUGCUUCCGAGUAAAACCGAAGACAGUUGAACAGUUCAUGGGAGAACUUCCAGCGGCUCGUGUAACUGUAUCAAGACCAUUCUCCAACACCGGUGUGGAUUAUUUCGGUCCAGUAUACGUUCGGCUGACACCGCGUAGAGCUGCUGUGAAGGCGUAUGUGGCAAUAUUUAUCUGUAUGUGUACCAAGGCGGUGCAUCUCGAGUUGGUAACGGAUCUGUCAACCGAAAGAUUCAUUCAAGCAUUACGCAGAUUCAUUGGUAGACGAGGAAGGGUUACUGAUAUCUAUUCGGAUAAUGGAACCAACUUUGUUGGUGCCCGUAAUCAGAUAAAGCAAUUGUUUGUGCUACUAAAAAGCAGGGAACAUCACGAGACGGUAGCUAGGGAAUGCACCAAGGACGAAAUUCAGUGGCACUUCAAUCCUCCGAGUGCUCCACACUUCGGAGGUCUUUGGGAGGCAGCAGUGAGAUCUGCGAAAUUCCAUUUGCUCAGAGUUCUUGGAGAGCAAGUGCUGACAUUUGAAGAUAUGAACACACUUUUAGUACAAGUUGAAGCUUGUUUAAAUUCAAGACCGUUGACUGCAAUGUCAGACGACCCGAACGAUUUGGAACCUUUAACCCCAGGACAUUUCCUGAUUGGAGCCUCGUUGCAUCAACUACCAGACCGGGAUUUUUCAUCAGUUCCAAUAAAUAGGCUUUCCCAGAUUCAGGUGGCACAAAAAAUUUGCAGGAGUUAUGGAAAAGAUGGCGACGAGAGUACUUGUCGCAAUUACAAGGCAGAACGAAGCGUUGGCGUCCAGCAGUCCCAAUAUCAAUAG